CUGUUAAUGCUGUCAGUAUAUUAGUUAGCGCGCUCUCUGCCUGCGGUGUCAUAUGUGGUUGCGUCAUUGCGUGUUCAAAAACAAAUAUUAAUUUGUUUAAAAAAGUUAUUUCGCGUCAUUUCGAGUCAAGUCAUAUGACCACUCGAGUCUCCAGUCUCUGCAGUGAAGACGCACGUCUGGUAUAUUCUGACUUUAGUUUGUUUUUAUCGCAAAAUGUGUGUUUUGGAUAGAAAGCCUCCACAGCAGCCUGAAGGCUUGAAACAGCGAGUGAUCAGAGCACUGCUGUACUGCACUGGAGAAAUGCAACAAUUCCACAUUCACAUGCAGGAUAAACUCUUCCCGUUGCAGUUGGCCGAAUGGUGUUUGCGUGGGACUUCACAGGUGAUUCUGGUAAACAACCCCCUGAGUGGAGCCCUGAUUCUGGGAGCGCUGUUGCUGGAGAGUCCCUGGCUGGCUUUGCUUGGGAUACUUGGCCUCUUGGCCUCCACCUUCACAGCUGUAAUACUGGGACAGGACUGUGAGGAGAUAUCCAGUGGCCAUUAUGGUUUUAAUGGAAUGCUGGUGGCUUUACUGAUUGGUGCUUUCAGCUCUGCUGGUAACUGGUACUGGUGGCUACUGUUGCCGGCGUGUCUUGGUGGAGCUACAACAACAUUUCUGUUCAGUGGUUUGGCUCCUAUUUUGGAUCGCUGGGGCUUACCAGUCAGCGUCUUUCCUUUUAACACGAUCAUCUUACUCUAUCUGGCCUGUACCGGUACAUCUCAUCCUUAUUUUCCAAACACUCCAGCCCUGCCACCGGGGGCACCAGAGAGCAGUAACCUCACCCAAUUGCAUGUCCCACAGUGGGCUGAGAGCACAUCACAACAACUUAUUAUUAAGCUCCUACAGGGGGCGGUGCUGGGCGUGGGCCAGAUUUUUGCAUGUCAGACUUUAGGGCCAUCGCUACUCAUCCUGGUCGCUAUUCUAAUCUUCUCACCUAUUUUGACUGUCUACGCCAUCUUCGGGUCUGUCAUUGGCAUUGUGGCAGGGCUGUCUGUGUCAGUGCAGCAGGGAUUUUUAUACUCUGGCCUUGCUGGAUUUAAUGGUGCUCUGGGUUGCAUGACCGUGGGGGCGAAUUUCAUCUUUAACUGGCGAACACACCUCUUAUCCAUUGCAAGCGCAUUUCUUUCAUCCUACUCAGAUAUUGCUUUGGGCAACCUGCUGGGAUUUGUGGGUCUCCCAGCGAGCAGUUGGCCUGCAACCCUGACAGGCACUUUGAUGCUACUACUGACAGGGAAAAACCUCAGAGAAUACAGAAUCCCUAUUGAACAAGUAACCUCACCAGAAAUGAACUUACACUCAUGUUUACAAUGGUCUGAGGCCAACACGGAUGUUGCUGAUGAAAGGACAGGACACGAAUCCAACAUGUAUUGAGAUCAUUAAAAAUAUUUUACAUACAUUUCCAAAAA